GGAUUUUCUGGCUGUUCGCGUUGGCGGAGAGAACGUCGAUGUCGGGACGCAUUCUGCGACAAGUCCGAGUCGCUCAGACGAUACCCUCUCCUGCUCUCGUUCUCCCUAGCCGUAGAUGCUAUGCUGUCGCCGUCGCCAAAGCCAGCAACCCGAAGCCUGACGCGCAGCCGGUAGCUGGGCCUAGCCACAGCAGGCCAGCGCAGGGCGAAGCAUGGCAAAGUAAAGCCCCGGAGGACAGCUCUCAAAAUGGUGGCACCGCCCUCGCACAAUCAUCCUCAUCACAGGCACCUGCCUCGCCAGCUGGUGCUCCACAGUUGCCCGAGACGCCGUCGGCCUUUCCGAAGGGUGUCGAGGAACACUUAGCGUCGGUCGUUGCUGCCGGCUUAGAACCCACUCAGAGCGACCUGGAGAAGUGCCGACCAGCCAAGCCUGCGCGGGCGGACUCGCCAGGCUAUGCGAAAGAGUACCAUGCAGUAGUAGACACACUGUGUCGUUGUUUCAGCAAGGCACAAUUGCGCAAGUUCAUAGCAGGCUGGGACGUCAAUUCCCGCCUCGCUUCUGCCAAUCGCAGGAAGGUCGACUAUGCUGAAUCCAUUGUGGAGAAGAUGUGGGGCUGGCCAAGCUUGAAGGAGGUUGAACGUGCAAAGAAGGACCGCACCGAAGCCUCAGCGAGAUCCUUCCCCGUUAAUGCAAGCCAGAUGUUCCUUAUCAUGGGCAAGGACGGUGCCGAUGUGUUGGAGAUGUCAAGGAGCUACAAUGUCCACAUUUCUCUGAAGACAGACCCGUUCGCACUGCAUGUAGAGGGAGUACGCGCUUCUUUGAAGAAAGUAGCCGAACGCAUUGACGCAAUCAAGAAAUCCAUCACCGAGGAAAUCUUUCGUCUACCCACAAAAGCACCCAUUGCCCCAGAUCUGCUGCAGCGAAUAUCGAGAUUGGCUGGAGCCUUGCUGGAGAAUAUAGGCUCAAAGGGUACAAUCCGAAUAUUGGCGAAAACUCCACGUAGCGCGGAUAUUGCGAAGAGAUUGGUAACUCGCGCUUGUCAUGAGCUACAAUUAGACCUUCAGCGGGAACGUCUGGCAUACCAACCCUCCUCGCCCACUGCCGAGGGUCCUGUGCCCAAUGCGUUUUCUCCCAGCGCCUAUGCCUUGUACCCGUUUCUGUCGCCCAAACCAUUGCCAUGGACAAUGAAUGCUGGAUCGACGUUUCGCAUGAGGCAUGUUGGAUCUUGGCUGAAGCGUGCCAAUGGCGAAGACAUCCAUGCCACGAAAGGCCUGGCAGGACGUGGAGGGCGUCUACUGACCACGACGAAAGACCUGCCUAGCUCGUCUACGAGUCAGCCGCCUUGCAGGCGAGUGGUUAAAGCUUCAACGGGACAUAUGCUUUUGAGCGCUUCUUCCCCUGCACAGCGAGUGUCACUCGUUCCACCACUCGCAGGGAAGCACACUCUCCACGAGCUGUUGGACUGGAUGUCUGCUCGCGGCGCCAGGACGGGAUUCGUGCCGAGUUUACCUGCCCCUUUGGUCAGCUCAUCUCCGACGACGGACAAGAUCAUCCAUCGGCUUGUCUACCGCGCAGUCCAGCCCACAACCACAGAAGGCCCACAUCAUGCCCAUGCUAACAAGUUCCUAUCUUUCGAUGUCGCCCUGGUCCAGCCCCGGGACGGUUUCGCCGAUGCUGAACUAUCUGACAGUUCAUCGCGCAUGUACACGGAACCCUCACAGGCAGACGACGAUCCGGCGGGCAACGAGGCUGCCAUCCCUGCCUUGUACACUGAACCUGAGUGUGUCACUGGUGUCGAGAGCGAAGUUGAUGUUAUGCUCCCCGAUCGACCGAUGGACAUACACUUCUCUGCUCAGAGCUCGACGUUAAUCACAUCCGACCAACAGCCUCCGGAGUUGCGAGCGUAUAUCAUCAGCCUUGGAGCGUUCUUGACAGAUGACAGUGCCGACGGCAAGCAGCCAGAUCCUCCUCUUAUGCUCUCCUUUGGCAGUGACACCUGGAUCAUGCACUCGAGUGCUAGCGUACGGCAGAGCAUCGAGACCAUCACGGUACCUUGUGGGACGCCUGCGACGGGAGAAGCAGGGCAUUCCAUGAGGGUGGUCAGCGAGAGCAUCCUGGAUCUUGAAAGCAAUCAGAAGUCCGCGCACUGCGAGCUCGUCUGCGAUGAUCCCACAUCUAUGGAAUCUUGGGGGCGUUUCCUGGCCAGCUGCGACGCCCUCACAUCAAUAUCUUAUCAACCAAUGGGUGACAGUGCAUUAGGGACACUCCGGAAAUGA